CUUCGCAUUCUCAGGCAGGGACGCAGUCCAUGGGAUGCAGACGGAGCAAUACCGAGUACACAACUCCUCUCGACUGUAUCAAAAAAUUUCAUACUGGCGAAGCUGUCGCCACGGCCAGCUGUAACAGUUAACGCCAAUGGAUGGUAUAAGGAGUGCAACCUCAUCAUUGGUGCUUCUUCUUUUGCUGUUACUUCUUCGCUUUCAAGCAUUCCAUGCACAAGGUUAUGAUCUCUCCUACUACUGCUUCUCAUUUUACCAAGGCAUGGACGUGGAUCCCAAUGUGAUCAAUGGUGUGAAUCUUGCAACCUAUCCAAUCAGUAGCGGCGAGGCCCUGAGUGCAUUUUACACUCGCCUUGCUCAGACAUGCAACAACUACGGUUCCUCGUGUCAAGCCUUCAACACAAACGGGGUGCUGAAGUGGUUAGGCGCAUCAUACAUGACGGCCAACAGUGCAUUCUCAACGGUCGGUCAAGGUUUAUACAGCAAGACCACGUGUAGCCCACCACCAUCACCUCCACCACCGCCACCUCCAAGCCCAAGGCCUCCGAGCCCCCCUCCUCCCAGCCCGCCAUCUCCUUAUCCCCUGCCUCCAAGGCCACCACCAACUCCUCCCAGCCCAAGCCCUCCUAGCCCAUUACCCCCGAGCCCUCCUUCCCCACCACCCAGCCCCCAACCUCCCAGCCCCACUCCUCCCAGCCCAUCACCUCCUGACCCACCGCCUAGCCCUGAUCUCCCAAGCCCUGAGCCUCCAAGCCCUCCUCCACCCAGCCCGCCUCCAAGCCCCGAGCCUCCAAGCCCUGAGCCU